AAGCUGUGAACAGCAUGACAAACAGCAGUUUACGUUAGGUGUUACUGGUGUGUCGUUAGGUCUUUACUGAUUUGUAGAAACCCCUGAAUAGCAGUUAUUCAAUUUACCCAGUAUGUCUAGUGAUGGUGACUUCAUGUAUUUUGCUUUUGGGAGCAAUCUGUUGAAGGAACGGCUUCAGCUUAAAAAUCCAUCCGCGACAUUUUAUUCUACUGGUCGGUUGAAGGAUUAUGCCCUGAGGUUUGGUUUGUGGGGAGAGAGGGUGCAGUGCAGGUGGAACGGCGGAGUUGCCACCAUUGAGGAAAACCCAGGUGCAGAGGUUUGGGGAGUAGUCUGGAAACUCAGCAAAGACAACCUUGCCUCUCUAGAUAAACAGGAGGAGGUGUACAGUCCCAUGGAGGUUACUGUGGAGACGGACAAUGGACUGUUGGUCUGUCGAACGUACCAAAUGAACAACUUCAGUGCCUGCCUGCCUUCUCCCCAGUACAAGCAGGUUCUAUGCCUGGGUGCUCAACAGAACGGCUUGCCCCUGGAGUACCUUAAAAAACUGCAAGACGUAGAGACUAACAACUACAGCGGGCCAUCAUCUAUCAUGGACGAGAUCAAACAUGUGAUGAACUAGCAGGGAUGUGCCUGAGUAAGGAGACUGACUCAUGACGUCCAUUCGGCCAUUGAAGGUCCCUCCCCUGAAAAUGGUGCCACACGCCACCGUUGGAGAAUCAGUUUGCUUUCUGAUCGAUAUGUUCUCCUCCCUCCAGAGAUGGUUCUUAUAGUGUCCCAUUUCUUUUCUGAUUUUUUUUUUUUUUUUUUUUUUUAAAUGGGGGAGGGAGUCGUUGGAGGUGAGUUGGAACAGAGGCCCUGAGGAACUAGUUUUGGUUUGCAGACAUGGAAGUUAGGGGUCAGGCAUUGGUUUGAUGCCCUUGGAUUUGAGUCAAGGGGAGAGUGUCAAGGCCAACGUCCACGAAUGGCAUCUGACACGCAUCAAGUUAUGCCAAAGUUUAGAGCUCCAUGACUUUUAACGGCAGUAAAGACCACUGGCGCCAUCUGACCUUUAGAAAUUUGCUCUAUCUCUCUUGAGCGCCAAAUCCAUAAACGUGAAUGUCGUCGCCAGUGGCCGUUGGCCUUGAUGCUUUUUUUUUUUUUUCCUCAUAAAUUAUCCAUUGCACAAAAAUCCAUUCAUAAUGACGCAGACCCUCCAAGAUCUCUCAGGACAUGAAUGUUGUAACAUGAGACUCAACUCCAUGAACAUACAAUCUCUUGCACAGCUAAAAGUUUAUUUGAACAAUCAUCAGUGUCAAGUUGUACAGGGAAAAAUAACUCAAGUAGCAGCUUACACAAGUGAUCUGAAUCCUUUCAGAGCACUGUCAUAAUGCUUGUUUUUUUUUAUCCCUAAUAAUGUAAUCAUUAACUACCUUUGCAGACCACCUGUUCUCUAUAGAAAUAAAAGUCACAGACAGGACUAUACUGUACUGAAUAUUUGGUAAAUUGGUAUAGUAUUGGACUAUGAUCCAUAAUAUAAAAUUUAAACUCAUCAUAGUCAUUAUGUCACCUAUUAUUGACGUGUUCAAUGAUUUUCUUGCAGGUGUACAUAUUUCUGUUUUAAUUUAUAUACAGUAAAAGUUUUCGAUCUGCAGUGGUCUUAUUUGAUUAAAUGACUGAGCACAAAGGAAA